UAGCCAUGGCAGAGCAGGAUCGGAUCUGCAGCUCCAAGUGGGAGCCGCCCCAGGACAAGAGCUCCGUGGAUUCGGCAUGGUCAUGGAUUCCAAUAAUGAGAGACCCUGGGUGGAUCCGGAAUGUGUGGCCUUCCAACAUUAAUGUUCAGACAAUGAAUUACGUGGGGCAGCUGGCUGGCCAGGUGUUUGUGACCGUGAAGGAGCUCUACAAGGGACUGAACCCUGCCACGCUGUCGGGAUGCAUCGACAUCAUCGUGGUCCGCCAGCCCAAUGGCAGUCUGCAGUGCUCUCCUUUCCACGUCCGCUUCGGGAAGAUGGGUGUUCUGCGUUCCCGGGAGAAAGUGGUGGACAUAGAGAUCAACGGGGAGUCUGUGGAUUUGCACAUGAAGCUGGGAGACAAUGGAGAAGCCUUUUUCGUUCAGGAGACUGACAAUGACCAGGAAGUCAUCCCCAUGUAUCUGGCCACAUCUCCCAUCCUGUCGGAAGGAGCUUCUCGAAUGGAAAGCCAGCUGAAAAGGAACUCCGUGGAUAGAAUCAGGUGCUUGGAUCCCACCACAGCUGCCCAGGGCCUGCCUCCCAGCGACACCCCAUCCACUGGUUCCCUGGGGAAGAAGAGGAGGAAAAGGAGGAGGAAGUCUCAGUUGGACAAUCUCAAAAGAGAUGAGAAUGUCAACACGUCUGAGGAUGAAGACAUGUUUCCCAUAGAGAUGAGCUCUGAUGAGGACACAGCACCGAUGGAUGGAAGCAGAACUCUCCCUAACGAUGUGCCACCAUUCCAAGACGAUAUUCCUAAGGAAAAUCUCCCCUCACUUUCAUCAUAUCCCCAGUCAGCAUCGUACCCCAAUUCAGAUCGAGAGUGGUCCCCUAGUCCCAGCAGCCUGGUAGAUUGCCAGAGGACUCCCCCUCACCUUGCAGUAGUGGCCGAGGGAGUUCUCUCUAGCUCUUGCCCUCCACAGUCUUCCCACUUCCGUGCUUCGGAAAGUCCUUCAGGCUCCCGUCCCUCAACACCAAAGAGCGAUUCCGAAUUGGUCAGUAGGUCUGCAGACAAGUCCACACCAAAGAGUAACCUGGAAAUGCUCUGGCUUUGGGGUGAAUUGCCACAGGCUGCCAAGUCAUCUUCUCCACACAAGAUGAAAGACUCCAGUCCCUUAGGGAGCCGGAAGAUUCCUGAUAAAAUUCACUUUCAGGCCAUUCAUAGUGAGUCUUCAGACACCUUUAGUGACCAGUCGCCAACACUGGCCCCGGGCCCGCUGCUUCACCAGAGCAAGGUGCAGACAGAAAUGCAGUUUGUGAACGAGGAGGAUCUUGAGGCGUUAGGAGCUGCGGCCCCACCGUUACCCGUGGCCGAAGAGCUCAAGCCCCCAGCUGCCAGCACAACACAGACAAUGAACAAGACAGACUCCCCUUCCAGAAAGAAAGAUAAGCGGAGUCGACACCUGGGAGCUGACGGCGUGUAUCUGGAUGACCUCACAGACAUGGACCCUGAAGUGGCAGCCCUGUAUUUCCCUAAGAAUGGUGAUCCUGCUGGGCUCCCCAAACAAGCCUGUGACAAUGGAGCCAGGUCAGCCAACCAGUCCCCACAAUCUGUGGGCAGUUCGGGCAUCGACAGUGGUGUGGAGAGCACCUCGGAUGGCCUGAGGGACCUGCCGUCCAUAGCCAUCUCCCUCUGCGGUGGCCUCAGUGACCACAGAGACAUCACCAAAGAUGCGUUCCUGGAGCAGGCUGUGUCGUAUCAGCAGUUUGCAGACAACCCUGCUAUCAUCGAUGACCCCAAUCUCGUGGUCAAGAUUGGUAAUAAGUAUUACAACUGGACAACAGCAGCUCCUCUGCUUCUGGCGAUGCAGGCUUUCCAGAAACCUUUGCCAAAGGCCACUGUGGAAUCCAUCAUGAGAGAUAAGAUGCCCAAAAAGGGAGGAAGAUGGUGGUUUUCCUGGAGGGGAAGAAACGCCACAAUCAAAGAAGAAAGCAAGCCCGAGCAGUGCCUGCCAGGGAAGGGCCACACUACGGGAGAGCAGCCUGCACAGCUUGGCCUAGCCCCCAGAAUAAAGCACGAGUCAUCCUCCAGCGAUGAAGAACACUCCGCCGCCAAGCCAUCCAGCUCAAGCCACCUCUCUCUUUUGUCCAACGUCAGCUACAAAAAGACCCUGCGGCUCACUUCGGAGCAGUUGAAAAGCUUGAAGUUGAAGAAUGGCCCCAAUGAUGUGGUUUUCAGUGUCACCACGCAGUACCAGGGCACCUGCCGUUGUGAAGGCACCAUCUACCUGUGGAACUGGGAUGACAAAGUGAUCAUCUCAGAUAUCGACGGGACCAUCACAAGAUCGGAUACUCUUGGUCAUAUUUUGCCCACACUGGGAAAGGAUUGGACCCACCAGGGCAUAGCGAAGCUGUACCAUAAAGUCAGUCAGAACGGCUACAAGUUUCUCUACUGUUCGGCACGUGCCAUUGGAAUGGCAGACAUGACAAGGGGCUACCUUCACUGGGUCAACGAGAGGGGCACGGUGCUGCCGCAGGGGCCACUUCUGCUUAGCCCAAGCAGCCUCUUCUCUGCCUUACACAGAGAAGUGAUUGAAAAGAAGCCAGAAAAGUUCAAAGUCCAGUGUUUGACAGACAUCAAAAACCUGUUUUUCCCAAACACAGAACCCUUCUAUGCUGCUUUUGGAAACCGACCUGCUGAUGUAUAUUCCUACAAGCAAGUGGGCGUGUCCCUGAACAGGAUCUUCACUGUCAACCCCAAGGGAGAGCUGGUGCAGGAGCAUGCCAAGACCAACAUCAGCUCGUAUGUAAGGCUCUGUGAAGUGGUUGACCACGUCUUCCCAUUGCUGAAGAGAAGCCAUUCCUCCGACUUCCCCUGUUCAGAUACUUUCAGUAACUUCACCUUUUGGAGAGAGCCGCCACCACCCUUUGAAAACCAGGACGUACAUUCAGCUUCAGCUUGAUGCCAUCAAGCAUUAAAGGAUAGGUUCUGGGGACCCUGGAGCUGCUGGGAAGGCUGACAUGUGGCCAUCUGCCUAAGAGAGAAGUGUUUCUUCCUUGACCUGCCUGCCCUGGGGUGACACUGCUAAGCGUGGAGGGUGGAUGGAGGCCGCAUCUCAUCCCGUGGACCGCGUGAGGAUUAGGAGCACUAGUAACGUGCAAAGUGGUCCUCUGUCUGGGGUGACAUGCACAGAGCUGCACACUCCAGCCCGUUCCAGCAGUUAGUCAAUGUGCAGUAUGGGUGGUGACCCCUCAGGAGAAGUGGGCUGGCUACCUGAGAGCUGUCUCAGUGUUGGCUUGCUCCCCCUUCUCCCCCCGGGAACUCUGAUGUGUGCAGCUUAUGGUAGCACAAGGGGCACAUUUCCAUGACAAUGACAUCUGUGCCAUCUUCCACACAUAGAGAUGGGUUUUUUUUCAGAGUCUGAGUGCUCUGAAGGGAAGCUUCCGGGGCCUCGAUAGGUCCUAGCUCUCAGGCUUUGACUUUAUAGCCCCUCCCUUGCAGUAUUGCUGACUUAGUUUCACUGUAGGAGAUAAGCUCCUGAUUUGCCCUGGUUAAAGACGGCCUGUGCCGUUGCUGCAUCUCUCCCCACUCCUCAUAGCUCAAGGCUGGGCUAUUGUUUAUGCCUUAACACAUCUGCAGCAGGCAUUUGCUUCAAGCGCACUGUCUAGUUCUUCGUAACUGCGAUGCCUUACAUUAAAUGAUAGCCCCCAAGGCAGCAUAUGCUGCGUCUCGUCUGCAUCCCACCGCCAGCCAGGAAGCACCACUAAUGAGGACUGGAGCAGCACCUAUGCCAAAGGAGAACAGUGCAGCUAAAGAAACUGGUUGUUUUUAAGAAACAUAGUUUCCAGAAGUUAAAUUAUUUUCUUUGCAGAUAUUAUUUAUUACUUUCCUCUCAUUGGGCUGCUGUUGUGAGCAUCCUAGCAGACCCUCGGGAUUGCAACUGGCAUGAGUACAUUAAAAGUUAAGUGUGCUAGACAAUCCAAAGAGCCUUACUCUGUGUAUGCCACACUCAUCUUCUGGGAUUUCUGAGUUAUUAAUUUUCCUUAGCUUUUUCCAUUCAGUCUAAGGGUAAGGGGAAAAAAAGCAGGAGUUCUUUAAGCUGAUAGAGGGUAGUUGUUGAACUGUCUCAGAACAAUGUGAAAAAUGAAAAGUAUUUUGGUAAAAGAUUUUGCUUUACUUUUGGAAGUUUUAUUUUUUUAAAGGGUGUUUUACUCCUGAGAGAUCUUCCUAUUUAAAUUUUAUUGUUUGAGUCAGAGGAGACAAAAGAAAAAAACAAAACAAAACAAAACAAAAAAAACCAAAAAACAAACAAAAAAACAAAAACAAAAAAAGGAAAGAGAGUGAAAAAAGACUGGACUGUUACUCUUUCUGUGAAAGAAAACCUAGAGUCACUGUUGUUGUUGUUGUGUCUGUUAAAGUCUGGAGUGGUUCAUGUAGUUCACAGGAAUGGACAAGGAGAGGCAACCGUGCUGCUGUGGACCACAGCCGGAUGGAGGAGCAGGCUCGCGUAUAGUUCCCUUCUGGGAAUGAUGAACGUAAUUAAGCAUAGGCCUGCCACAGUGAGCUCGUGGCCUGUCCUCUAGUGACCUUGGGAGGCCACAGCGGUGUUAGUGUGUAUUCUGGUUGCUGUGGACGGCAGACAAGCUCGUCUGCCUGAAGAGGUUCACGGGCCUCUCCUCAUGCCCAGGAGAAGCCUUAGGAUCUCCCUUCAUCUGCACCCUGCAGUCCUCUGUUCCAAGUGACAUGCUGAGAGCAUGCAGUGGCCUGUGUGGGGAUCUGUUCAUGUAACCAAGGCUGGUCUACAACACACAGCCACCACACCUGGCUAGGGAAACUGGUUUUGAAAUCUCUUAAAUUCCCCAUUACUCUGCCCUGAAACAGAGCACACCUUCCACACAACCACACUCUGAGAUCUCGGAUAUUCUUCCCAAGCCCUGUUCAGGUCUUGGUGCGAACGAAUGCUUGCAUUGAGGCUCUGGCGUGAGAGCUGAACGUGAGCUGUACCCAGGCUCACUCAGGUUAUCUGCACGUGCACUAUAACCCAGGGCCCCAAGGACACACGCCAGAACACUCUGUUAGUUCCACACAUUUCAAAGUUGCUCAUGGAAAUGAGUGACUCACUCCACAGUGACACAUCCUCAAAUGUUGGUCACACACCAUGAAGGAGAAUAUCCCUGGCACUUUGCAGAGAUGUACUUCAGUUUUUGUAGAGAAUUCCCCUUGGGAUUUCAGGCUUGGAUCAUUACUUCUGUAUAUUUGAUUGACAACAUUGGCUGUGCGUUUGUGAGUGCUGGUGCAAUGGUGAAAAUCAGUGUAAUAUUUCAUUGUGUUGUGCUUGGUGCAGAACUAGAAGUUUCUGUAAUAAACGAGUUGGAUGAAAGACUUCCAAAUAUCAAGCCA